GAGAAGCGUAAGGAGGGGCGGAACUCCGCGAGAAUAGGGAAAAUGGCGGAAUACGUGCAGGUGAUGAAGCGGGCGUUGCAACAGCUCGGUGGGCACGGCGGUGUUCGUGGCCUUAUGUGGCAGCUGCUCAGGGUCAAUGAUCUGAAAAUUGGUACCCUAGUAGGAACUGAUAAGUAUGGAAACAAAUACUAUGAAGACAAAAGAUACUUUUUUGGUCGUCAUCGGUGGGUCAUAUAUACUGCAGAAAUGGAUGGCAAGAACACAUACUGGGAUUUAGAUGGAAGCAUGAUACCUCCUGAAUGGCAUCGUUGGAUGCAUUGUAUGACCGAAGAGCCCCCAACUACACAUCCACCAGUGAGUCGUAAAUUCAUUUUCCAAAAUCAUAAAAUGAAUGAAAGUGGUACUUCUAAACAAUAUGUACCAUACUCUACAACACGUAAGAAGAUACAAGAGUGGGUUCCACCAUCUACACCUAGCAAGUGAAAGAAAAAGAACUUGAUGAUUUUCAAGGAAAAGAUUGUUUGUUGUGUAUCUUUAUUUAAAAUAAAAACUUUGAUUAAAAACAUUUUGAAAUCAAAAUGAUGUUGGGAAAGAGCUGAGUAAUGAAUGGGCAGAAACAAAAUAUACAAUAUGCUGUAGUAUAGACCCCUCUGAGGAUGUCAUUUCAAAGGAUGAGGAGGUUGCCACUGGGAAGACACACUGAUUGAUGAAACCUGGAACAUACCUACUCUUCCUGACCUCACCAGAUGGAUAGAAACAUGGAUUAAUGGAUCUCUAUUAUUAUUGUAAGAUAUAUAAAUUAUUGGAUAUAUAAAUUUGAUGUAUAAAAGCUUCAAGUCACCCUGUGCAAUGGAAAAACUAAUGCUAAAAACAUUAGUCAGAGACUAAAUCAGAAGUGAGGAAUGUCAAAUAACUUCAAACGUCAUAAAAUGGUAUUGAAACAAGUAUGUGUAGAACAGUCAGUUAACUUAUAGCUUAGGUCAGAGGUGUCAAACAUCACAGUGGUGUCACGUGGCAUUUCGGGACACUUUUUUCCCUUUUGUUAAACCGGACGUGAGCAUGGGCAACGUGUGACGCAUCUGGCCCAUGUGCCAGGAGUUUCACAGACUUGACUUAGGUAAAUCCAAGAAAAUUUCUUGAUUCCAUCUGUAACACCAUAUCAAAAUAACUAAUGAAAUAUAGAUGUCUGUUAAAUGUCCAAUGUUAACACAUCUGGGUGAAUAAAAUAAAAGUGAAAAUAUAAUCUAAUAAAAAAUCAAUCAUUUUG